CGCAACACGCAUAUACAUACAACCUUUAGAUAUAGAGAAAGAAAGAGGGGAGAGAGAGAGAGAGUCGGAGAGUAGUUAUGGAGUGAAUGAUGGAAGGGGCGGGCAUGUUACGGCAGCUUAUUUUGGAACUCUACGGUUCUCCUCCCCCUUCCAAUCAUUCCAUUCAGCUUCAACCCUUAAGAUGGUGUUUCUUGAAUCUUGAAUCUAGUAGCUCUUUUGAAGACAGUUUUUACAACAUAAUAAUGACUGCUGGUAAAUCUGAAAAUUUAAAAAUGCUUGAACCGGGCAAACCUCCACCCUCAAAGAAAGCUAGAAAGGAGCGUAGUCGUGGAAAAGCAACUUCCGCUGCGAGCUCAAAUGAAAUCAUGGAAGAUCAUAUCUGGAAAGAUUUUCCAGAGGACCUCUUUGAAGCUGUUAUAGCAAGACUUCCCAUACCAGCGUUUUUCCGCUUCCGUUCAGUUUGUCAGGAGUGGAAUUCAUUGCUUACUUCUCAAAGCUUCUCCCAGCAAUGUGCUGAAGUAAUGCAUACAAAGUCUUGGUUCUAUACCAUCACCCACGAGAACGUCAAUACGGGAGCAAUGUAUGAUCCUUCAUUGAAGAAGUGGCACCAUCCAACAGUGCCUGCGUUGUCAACCAAACAAAUCGUUCUGCCAGUGGCAUCAGCUGGAGGUCUCAUCUGCUUCCUUGACAUCGGGCACAGAAGCUUCUACGUGUGUAACCCUCUGACGAGAUCAUUCAAGGAAUUGCCAGCCAGGUCUGUGAAGGUGUGGUCGCGUGUAGCUGUUGGGAUGAUGCUGAAUGGGGGCUCCCCCAACUCAGGGUAUAAGAUCCUUUGGGUUGGUUGUGAGGGGGACUUCGAAGUGUUCGACUCUGCAAAGAACUCUUGGAUUCGUCCAGGAAGCAUGCCCCCGAGUAUCAAGCUUCCACUAGCGCUCAACUUCAGGUCUCAGGCAGUUUUAGUUGACGGGACGCUGUAUUUCAUGCGGUCAGACCCAGACGGGCUCCUGUCGUAUGAUUUGGACAGCGGGAUGUGGAAACAGUACGUAAUCCCUGUCCCUCCUCACCUGAGUGAUCACACACUGGCGGAGAGCGGAGGCAGGAUCAUGCUUGUUGGGCUGCUGACGAAGAAUGCAGCGACAUGCGUGUAUAUAUGGGAGCUGCAGAAGAUGACUCUGCUGUGGAAGGAGGUUGACAGAAUGCCAAACAUAUGGUGCUUGGAAUUUUAUGGAAAGCACGUUAGAAUGACUUGUCUGGGUAACAAAGGCUUGCUUAUGCUAUCCCUCAGGUCGAAACAGAUGAAUCGACUCGUGACUUACGAUCUAGCCAGCCGGGAGUGGCUUAAGGUCCCCGGCUGUGUGCUGCCGCGCACCCGGAAGAGGCAAUGGAUUGCCUGCGGCACUGCUUUUCACCCUUGUUUGACUGCAGUCGCCUAGUUUUUCAACUCUAGACAUUGAUUGUGGGAUUCCUCUGCAAACCAAAUAAUUAAUGUACUAUAUUACUAUUAUGGAUCAAAUCCCAUCCUUAUUAUUGUACCA